UGUUUAUUUGUUUUAAGACUGGACUGAGUCGAUUUGGCGCAUAUUUAUUUCCUGAGAACCGGGGGACUGGGUGGAGAGUGGAGGAGGUGCAAAGGGAAGAUGCAGAAGAGAAGGAGCUUUGACGGGUAAGCUCUCGGGGAGCCUGGGGAAGCUGGCAACCCGGCACAGGCGCAGGUGCGUGGUCCGCCACCUGAUCCCCAGAGGCCCAGGAAAGGAACUGAAGUUGGUGUUUUCUGUUCACAUCUUGAUUUUGACUGGAAUCAGAGGAGAAAGAAUCCAGGAAGUUUAUUUUUCCUCUCCCUUCUUGCUGGCCGGGACAUAGCCAAUGUUCCUGAAGAGAUUAAAAAAUAAUAAUACCCCGUGCCUCCUACCCUUUCUUUCUUCCUGGACCUUCUCCUUCCCCCACUUCCUCCCCUCUACCAACCCCACCUCUACUUCCUCUUCUCGCCCUCCCCCUGCUGGCUAACUGGCUACUUCCCCCAUCCCUUCUUUCGGGGGUAGAGCGCGGUCCCUGCUGCCUUCCAGGGCGAGGGAGAGCGCUAGAUUGGCUGCGGACGGUACAGAUCAGCCAGGGAACCGAGUCUGUCUCUCUCUCCCUCUCUCUCUUUCCCCCUCUUCCCCCCUCCUUCUGUUGCACACCACACACACGCACACGCGCACACGUACACACACACACACACACGCAAACACUCAAAACUCGGACCGGCCGCACCGCGGCUGCUCCAAUCCUUGCAAAAGACGAGUGAGCGCCCUCCGGUCCGCGCUCCGCUCACCCGGCUCCGGCUUCUCGCCCGACGCAGCGCUAAGUCCCGGUGCCCUGCGCGCCCGCUUCGGCCGGGUGUCCCCGAGAAUAAAGCGGGGAGGGAGGGUACAGGCAGAUCAGAAAACACGCCAGCCACACACGCCGCGACUUCAGCUCUGGCUGGGAGUCCGAGGGGAGACGGCGCCGGCAGCACCCUGCGCGGGUGAGGUCCGUGCGGCCGCCGGGGAAGAGCCCACCUGCCGGCCCGCGAUCGGCCGGCGCCAAGAGUGGGGCCCGUCGUGGUCCUGCUCGGGCAGCGUCCGGGCUCCGGGCGCCCUCGCCCCAGCUAGUUGAGAGUUUCCACCCUCGGCUCUGCCGCCGGAGGAACCUCGGAAGCACCCGGUCCGCGCCUCGGAGGGACCUCCCCUCCUUCUCCCAGGACGCAGCAGCGGAGCGGACCUCGCGAUGGCCGGGGCGCGCGGGCUGCUCCAUCUGUGGCUGAGCUGCUUGUGUGUGAGCCUGGCGCAGGGACAGAGACUCAGGCAGCCCUUCCCGGAGCUCCGCGUGGCUGUGCCGGCCGACCGCGCGGCAGGUGGCGGCCCCGAAUCCCCGCUGCAGCCCCUCGACCAGGUGUCGGAGCACAUGCUGCGGCUCUACGACAGGUACAGCGGCGGCCGAACGGAGGAGGCGCGGACGCCCGGGAACUCGGAUCGGGGCUCGCAGUCUUUGCGCCCCCAGCUGCUGCGCGAGGGCAACACGGUUCGCAGCUUUCGAGCCGGAGCCGCAGGAAUGCUUGAAAACAAGGAACUGCAUAUUUUUAACCUGACUUCUCUAACUAAGUCAGAAAACAUUUUAUCUGCCACACUAUAUUUCUAUAUCAGAGAGCUGAUAAAUAUAAGCCUGAGUUGUCCUGUGUCCCAGGAAUGCUCACAUCAUGCCCAGAGGAAACACAUUCAGAUUGACCUCUCUGCGUGGAUCCUCAAAUCCAGUGGAAACCAAAGUCAACUCCUGGGUCAUCUUUCGGUAGAUGGAGGGAAACCUCAUCGAGACUUUGUGUCCUGGCUGUCAAAAGACAUCACCCAACUUUUGAGGAAAGCCAAGGAAAAUGAGGAGUUUCUCAUAGGAUUUAACAUCACUACCAAAGGACACCAGCUGCCAAAGACGAUGACACCCAGUCCUGAGCCUUAUAUCUUGGUGUAUGCCAAUGAUGCUGCCAUUUCUGAGCCGGAGAGUGUGGUGUCGAGCUUACAAGGACACCGGAAUUUCCCCACUGGAGCUGUGCCCAAACUGGACAGCCACAGUAGGGCUGCCCCUUCUAUUGAAUGGAGGAGGAGGAAGCGCUCUACGGGGGUCCUUCUGCCUCUGCAGAACAAUGAGCUUCCUGGGGCAGAAUAUCAGUACAAGGAGGAUGGAGUAUGGGAGGAGAGGAAGCCUUACAAGACUCUUCAGACUCAGCCCCCUGACAAGAGUAAGAACAAAAAGAAACAGAGGAAGGGACCUCAGCAGAAGAGCCAGACGCUCCAGUUUGAUGAACAGACCCUGAAGAAGGCUAGAAGAAAGCAAUGGAUUGAACCCCGGAAUUGUGCCAGACGGUACCUUAAAGUGGACUUCGCAGAUAUUGGCUGGAGCGAAUGGAUUAUUUCCCCCAAGUCCUUCGAUGCCUAUUACUGCUCCGGAGCGUGCCAGUUCCCCAUGCCAAAGUCUUUGAAGCCAUCAAAUCAUGCUACCAUCCAGAGUAUAGUGAGAGCCGUGGGGGUCGUCCCUGGAAUCCCCGAGCCUUGCUGUGUGCCAGAAAAGAUGUCCUCACUCAGCAUCUUAUUCUUUGAUGAAAACAAGAAUGUGGUACUUAAAGUAUAUCCAAACAUGACAGUAGAGUCUUGUGCUUGCAGAUAACCUGGUGAAGAACUCAUCUGGAUGCUUAACUCAAUCAUUAGUUUAUUUUUAUGGACUUUUUUUUGCACGGCCAAUGCAUUUCAUUUCAAAAGAUUUUUCAGUAGUCAAAGGCGAAUGAGCAAAUAGACUGAUGAUUUCCACCAAGGAGAACUGGACUGUAUUUGUUUCUGAAUGUAACUCAAAGCAAGAUUAAAGUAAAUAUGGAAAUUUUUUUCUUUAAAAAAAAAUUACACAAGAAAAACAAUCACUCAAACUGUUUUUAGAACUGUUGGAGAACACACUGAUUUAUUUUUGUAAUGGGCUUUGAAAAUAGAUUGGAAACAAACAAUAGCUUAUCAUUGAUCUCUGCUCACAGAAAUAAAAUAAUUUCCUAUUUUAAA